UGAAUGUGGGAGACUGUAAUUAAUAGACUGGGCAGAACUCAAGAACUGUAAAUCGUAUAACAAUAGUUUAUAGGCAAAAAUAAAGCUUAUAAUAAGGAAACAUGAAUAUGUAUAGUUUAGCUACUUAACGAUUAUACAAUAAUAAUACAUGUAUAUUAUUGGUCCAUAAAUAGUUCUCAAAAGUUACCGUUCAUAAUUCUCGUCGGGAUAUAACAAGUAUGCCAAAUGUUGUACACAUUUUGAGUAGUAUUUUAAUAGCAUUUUGUCUGAGCUUCGAAAUUAUCUUAAAAUGUUUUUUUUAGAAACAUGAAAUUAUUAUCUACGGGCAAAUGUUGGCAGAUAUGAACAAAGAUGUAACGAAUUGUCCAGUGAACAAUUGUGUUAUCCAUACUGAUACAACUCGUUGGAUUCAAAGUGAUCUUAUUUUAAUUCCAAACAAACAGUUUCCUUACGGAAAGCGUCCACAACAACAGGCUUGGGUGGCAUUUGAGUAUGAAUCAGCACUCCAUACUCGAUUUAGUGAUGAACUUAAUGAUAAAAUUAACUUCACUGCAUCAUAUCGAUUUGAUUCAACUAUUCGCACACCUUAUGGAAUGUAUACACCGAAUGAACCCAAAACAGACGAUAUCAAUAAAACAAUCCAGUCGACAAAAUUGGAGAAUAUAGCCAAAGGAAAAGAUAGAGCUGUUGCCUGGAUAGUGAGUAACUGUUAUCCUAAGAGUCCUAGAAAUGUAUAUGCAAAUGAACUAGCUAAAUAUAUUACAGUUGAUAUGUAUGGUCGAUGUGGUCGGAUGACGUGCUCCGGUUCUCAAUGUUUUGAAUUGGUACGAAAACAUUACAAGUUUUACCUGAGUUUUGAAAAUUCACUAUGUCAAGAUUAUAUAACAGAAAAGUUUUUCUUCAACGCACUAAUGAACAAUGCAUUACCCAUAGUUAUGGGUGCCUCAAUUGAAGAGUAUCACAAGGUUUCACCACCUCAUUCUUUCAUUCAUGUGGAUCAAUUUGAGAAUCCGAAAGAGUUGGCCAAAUAUCUGAAGUACCUUGAUAAAAAUGACACUGCAUACAACGAAUAUUUCGCUUGGCAUAAAAGGGGUGUUGUAACUGUAUGGUCGUUUAAGCCGGAGUGUGAAUUUUGCAUACUUGCAAAUGCUCUUCCUUACUUCGAGCCAACUACACAUGAAAACUUUAUGUUUUGGUGGAAGGAUGGAUGUAAAAACAGAACAUUAAGAUGGUUUUGUUUAAGUAGUUUCUACGCUUAA